AUGAUUAAUUUAAAAAAUUUAGAUUUUCAUUUAGAAAAUUUAUGUGAAUCUAAUAGAUGCUUUAAUGAUGAAGAAAAACUAGGUUUACUAUUUGGUAUGACUAAUUUAGAAGACAAAAUAAAAAAAGAAAUUUAUUUAUGGGGUAAAAUAGAAGGAAUUCAAAAUGAUUACUACAUAACUUAUUAUUUUAAUUAUGAUAAUUUUUUUCCAAAAAAAAAUUUUUAUUAUUGUAACAAUGAUUAUGAAUUUCACGAAAUCAAAAAAGGAAAUGACAGCUUAAUAAAAAAAAUUGAAAAAAAGGCACCUUUCACUUUAUUUAAUGGAUUACCAAAUAGUUUUUAUUGGAGAAAUCAUAAAAAAAAAACAAGAAAUGAAAAAAAUAACGCAGAUAAUGAAAAUUAUGAUAGUGAUAAUGAUAAUAGUGAUAAUGAAAAUUCUGAUAAUGGAAAUAAUGAUAGUGAAAAUGAUGAUAGUGGAAAUAAUGAUAGUGAAGAUGACGACAAUGAAAAUGAUGGAAAUGAAAAUGGAAAUAGUGAAAAUGAUGAUAGUGAAGAUAAACAAAGCAAAAGCAAACAAAAUGAAAAUAAAAAUGAAAAAAAUAAAAAGUAUGAUAAACAAAAUGUUACAGAACUUGAAAGAUUAUCUUACAUUGUAAGAAAGAUAGAUGAAGAAGCAUUUAUAAUACCUUACAAUUCAGUAAAGAUUAAUAGCAAUCUAGAAGUGAAAUUUUCCAUUUUUAACGGAUUAAACAUUUUAGAAGCUUUAAAGUUGACAUCGUGGGUUCAUUUCAGAUACCCUAAAAACUUAACAUAUGAUAAAAUUAAAAAUUAUGAUACUUUUUUUUUAAAUAAUUUUUUAGAUUCUAUUAAUUCAGAUAAUCCAACAAAUAUGUGGAAUAUCAAAAUAAAUGAAGAGUUAAAUAAAAUUUCUAUCAUAAAUUAUUUAUAUCCUGGUUAUGUGUUUUAUCAUAUUCUUAAUACCCCUUUUUAUGGAUCUUUAUAUAUAGGAAAUGGAAUGUCCAAUUACGAUUUACCUUUUUUACUACCUUAA